CCAGAUAGACCUCGCGCCCUUUCGCUCCCAUGGCUUCCGGCUUCUUCCUUCCGGGUUCGCCUCCUCGCCGUCGCCUCUAGCGCUCUAAAACCCUAGGCACCGGGACCCCAAUGGCGGCCGCGACGGCGACCACCGCUGCGGCGGCGCCCGCAUUCGCCCUCGCGUCUUCCCUCUCGCGUCGCGGCUUCCUCCCGCUCCCUCGUCGCGUCGGCCGGCCCGUGCCCCUUUCGCUCCGGCUCGUCGCGUCGGCCGUGGGGCGGCGCCGCGGCGUGGUCGUGGUGGCGGCGGCGGCGGCGGGGAGCGCGGAGUUCGGCGACGAGGAGAACCCGUACGAGCUUCUGGGCAUCAGGCCGCUUGAUAGCUUCGACCACAUGAAGAUGGCCUAUAAGAAGAAGCGCAAGGACGCGGAUGAGACUGGAGAUGAGGAGCUCCUGGCAAAGUUGGACAGGGCCUACGACACUGUGAUGAUGCAGCAGCUGCAGUAUAGGAAGAAGGGAGUCACGUAUGGGUCGGUUCAGGUGUCAAAGGAUAUCAAGUAUGCUGAUAACCAGCCAAUUGUGCCUUGGGGGCCUAGAUUCUCCAGAUCAACAGUUAAGGACAUGCGCAUAAAUAUGGUAAUAUCAGCAGCAUUGGUGGUUUGGAUAGCUUUAAUGGGCAACGCGGACUGGAAGCCUUUGCAGUUCCUAUGUUUUGCUUUCUUCUACAGAAUAUUACAGAAGCUAAGAGCUACUGAACCACCAAUCACUCCAAUAUACAAUGAGUAUGGUGAGGUUGAAGGGCGGGGGAUACGAAUGGCAAAAAGAGUAGUCCGCGCUUUGGGUUUGAUAUUUGGAUGUGUGUUCACUGCAUCCCUGGGUUAUACAGCAGCUGUUAACUUGAUUGAGUUUUCAUGGCAGUAUACUCCCCGUAUUGUUUAUUACUACCAGGAGUUGAUUGUUACAGCGGCUACAUCUGUUCUUCUGGACAUCACAGCUUCAUACUACCGAUAAACAAAAUCUAGGAGUAAUCGUGGCCUGGGUUAGAAGACCUUGAGAUGUUAGGACGUGCUAAGAUUCUGUGAGAGGCGUACUUGUGUAGUGGUGUUACCUUGUGCAUUAAGUGAAACACAAGAAUCCACAAAUUUUGGAGUAAGUUUAACUUUGAGGCAGAGAGCUUUUAUGUGCAUAUUUCGACAGCUAUGUUAUGUAUGAACAUUGUAUUAGAUCCUGAGCCACGUUAAAACUUGAUUUAUUUCUUGGCAA